UUGCAAAAGACAAGGUCCACAGAGCUCUCUGGGUUGGGUCCGGGAAAGCCGGAGUUAGGCUAUUUCCGGGUCCCGGUGAGACUGAGGUCCUGGACUGGAUUCCAGGCUGGCUCCACUGCACCCAGGAGCAAAUCAGUCCGUCCACACCGACUUGUGUCAUUACCGCCAUGGGCCUGGAGCUCUACCUGGACCUGCUGUCGCAGCCCUGCCGCGCAGUGUACAUCUUCGCCAAGAAGAAUAGCAUCCCCUUCCAGAUGCGUACGGUGGAGAUACUGAAAGGGCAGCACUUGAGCGAGCAAUUCUCCCAGGUGAACUGCUUAAAGAAAGUUCCUGUCCUCAAAGACGGAAGCUUCGUGUUGACCGAAAGCUCAGCCAUCUUGAUUUACCUGAGUACCAAGUACCAGGUAGCAGACCACUGGUACCCGGCCGACCUACAGGCCCGUGCCCAAGUCCACGAAUAUCUGGGCUGGCAUGCCGACAACAUCCGAGGCACCUUUGGAGUCCCCCUGUGGGUCAAGGUGUUGGGGCCACUUAUUGGGGUCCAGGUUCCCGAGGAGAAGGUGGAACGGAACAGAAAUAAUAUGGUCCAGGCUCUGCAACGUCUGGAGGACAAGUUCCUCAGGGACAGGGCCUUCCUUACUGGCCAGCAGGUGACGGUAGCGGAUCUCAUGGCUCUGGAGGAGCUGAUGCAGCCCGUGGCUCUUGGCUAUAAUCUGUUUGAGGGAAGGCCUCAGCUGACAGCAUGGCGAGAGAGGGUGGAGGCAUUCUUGGGUGCUGAGCUGUGUCAGGAGGCUCAUAGCGCCAUCCUGAGCAUCCUGGGACAGGCAGCCAAGAAAAAGGUACCAGUACCCCCUCCGGAGGCCCACCCCAGCAUGCAACUUCGGAUUGCUAGGAUUCCCUGAGUGGUCUGACCAGUAAUAAAGAUUUAUUUUGUA